AUGGCAAUUACUGUUGGUGUUGCCGGUAUUACCGGAAAGUUCGCUCGCCGCGUGGUCAGCCAUCUGCUGCAGCACUCCGACAUCACCAUCCGCGUCCAUCUCCUCAUCCGAGAAGAGGGCUGCGACGUGAUCGUGUGCUGCUACCUGGGCGACGACACGCUGAUGGUGGAAGGCCAGAAGGCCCUGAUCGACGUGUGCGAGGAGGCCGGGGUGCCCCGUUAUGUCGCCAGUGACUGGGCCUUGGACUACACCAAGCUCAAGCUGGGCGAGCUCUUCCCCAAGGACCCGAUGAUCCAUGUCAAAGCCUACUUGGACACGAAGCAGAAGGUCAAGGGGGUGCACAUCCUGAUCGGCGGGUUCAUCGAGCCGGUGCUCAGCCCGUUCUUCAACAUCCUCGAUCCCCAGACGAACACGUUCCGCUACUGGGGUGAGGGCGACGAGUACAUGGAGGGGACUACUUACGACAACGCGGCGGAGUUUACCGUCGCGGUGAUCCGGGAUGCAGAGGCCACGGGCGUUGUUCGCUUUCUCGGUGGUCGUGCCACCAUCCGUGAAAUCGCGCAGUCCUAUGAAAAGGUCUACGGUGUCAAGGCCAAUCUUGAACGACUGGGGUCCUUGGACGAGUUGUACCAGACCAUGCACCAGAAGCGGGCGGAGAAUCCUGCUGACAUUUACGGCUACAUGUCGCUCUUCUUCUACUACUACUGGGUGAAUGGACAGACUUUUGUCGGGCCCGAGACGGAUAAUGCCAAGUACCCGGAUGUCAAGCCGGUGGACUGGGAGGGAUUCAUGAGGCAGUGGCCUCUGCAGCAGCUCCCUACGGCCUACUUCGCCUUGAAUGCUUGA